AUGUCUACAGUCCUCACGGGUUGCAUUGGCAUCUUCUGGGACUACGAAAACUGCCGCCCACCUUCCAAUAUUUCGGGAGCCAAACUCGUCGAGAAUAUUUGUCGACUGGUCCGAGGCGCUGGAGCGAUCACUCAAUUCAAGGCAUACGUUGAUGUAUCAUCUGAAGUUGCACAACCUAGAUCCGUUGCGUUUCAUUCGGACCUCCAGUCAUCUGGAGUCACUUUAGCUCACUGCCCUCACAAUGGCAAGAAGGACGUCGCUGACAAAAUGAUGAUAGGUAUGCCCCUAGGAUAG